UCUUUGGGUUGCUCCCAUGGCAUAUGGAGGUUCCCAGGCUAGGGGUCGAAUCAAAGCUGUAGCCACCGGCCUACGCCAGAGCCACAGCAAUGCGGGAUCCGAACCGCAUCUGCGACCUACACCACAGCUCACGGCGACGCCGGAUCGUUAACCCACUGAGCAAGGGCAGGGACGGAACCCGCAACCUCCUGGUUCCUAGUCGGUAUUCGUUAACCACUGCGCCACGAUGGGAACUCCGUUUGGGGUCAUUCCUUUUAUUUCGGCUUCUAUUUUCUGGUCCUUCCAUUUGUAGUUGGUGACAGACUGUCAUGCAGCUUUGCCUGCCAAUAAGGGGCUUCUUUACUGGCCAUGAUUACAAGCACAACACCAACAAGUUUCAGCCAUGGAAAUCUCGGUACAAAUGACAAAUGCUGUGGUUUCAUCAUAUGUGCAGCUCUGAAACAAAGAUUGAAAUUUCCUUGAUUCUUUCCAUUUUGCUGACAGCAAAUAGGACCAAACUGUAUCAGUUGUGGUAUAUCAAUUGUGAACCCUCACAAUUGUGCAGUAAAAUGAAGGAAUUCUUGAGAAGUCUUCCUCCUCAUCAAGGCAAAAAUUAAACAAGUUUUCAUCUCACUUCAUUCAACAUUACUGGUUAAUUUUAUUUUGACUUUUAAAAGGCAUUAUUAAAUAUACAAUUAAUUAACAGUGGAAUCACUUAUUUUACUGUACAGUACUUAGGAUGCUCCAAAAAAAUCAGGUGAAUUGAUCUGUGCUUUAAAAGCCAGCAAAUUCAGGCCCCAGCUACAAGAUAGGGAAUUCCAGAAAAAUAACCAGGACUGAGAAGGUGAGCUUAACUUUGAACUCCCACUAUUGACUGUGGAUGCUGCAAGAGGAAAUAUCAUUGCUUCCAAAUAUCUGGCCUGAAUAUUGCUGCAAUAAAAUAAAGCAUCUUUCUAAGGCUAAACAAUAAAGGAAACCAUUUAGAGUGUCACAGUUUGGGUGAUUCAGGAAGUGAAGAGGUAGUCUGUGUUCUGGAUAUUGUGGAAAUGAAAAUGAUUUGAUUCUGUUUUGAAGAGUAGUUGUUCUUUUUUCAUUGUGCCUCUCACACUUAGAAAGUUCACGCUUCCACCCAAUCAGACCCUACUUGUUCCAGCCAUUCUCCAGAUUCGUAUGUGUACCCUCUGACAGAUCAAAGGGGAUAAUCCUUUCUAUUAUAAAUGUCAAAAUAAUUGGUUAUUAAGAUUAUCUAAAGAUGCUAGUUCCAUAAGUAAUUUAAAACUUCAUAUUUUUAGGUAGAGCAGCAUUUAAAGCACACAACCCUCUUCCCUCUUUCCUGGUCAAAGAAUAAUGAGCAGAGUCCACCCUGCAAUUGGUGGUUUUUGGUGUUGGGAUUUGGGGAGGCACCAUGGAUAAACUGCUUUGUGAGGGUCAAUAUAAACAGAAAUUUGGGAGUUAUACAUUGUAUAGCCGUAGGCUCCCUUUGAUGAAUUUCAAGUUAAAUACUGUUACCUAAAGUGUGCUGUAUAGAGGGAAAUGGAAUUCCAUAUGAAAAACCAAUAUACAGGGUCAUCCUUGUGGUAUAUAUUUGAAAGCUUACGCUGUUGCAUUGCAAAGAAUCAAGUUAUUUCCCCUUUUAUUACCUCAUUAAAUGAGCAUUAUUUUUUAUUCAGUAGAAAUGACAGGCAGCAGGGCCCAUCUCCUUCCAUACUGGUCCACUGACAUAUGUGGUGAGCCUCCCCCCAGGCUCUCAGUUCCUCUGAUCUCCUCAGCAACCUCAGGAUUACCACAAAACACAAAAUUUACUGAUGUCACCUUUUAAAAAGUAGCAACAUUAUAAUCAUCCCAACUUGGUUUCUUUGCAGUUCUCCUGGAGAUAUAAACAGUGUUAGAUAAGUAUACAGUAGAGUUUUUUGUUUUCUAUACUAUGGCUGUGAUCAGUAAUGGCCAGCACGUGCUCCAGCCUAGGAACCCAUCAAGAUGGCAGGGCACCUGAAAUCCCAAAGGAAGCCUGAAAUGUCUGGAUGGCUGCUGGUUUAUGUCAGCAUCAUCACAUGUGGAAACCUUCAGAUCUCCUGGUGCCUUAAUGAAUGAGAUAGAGUCAUUGUUGGUUCCACAAUACAAAGAGGAACGGUGCAUUGUAAGGUGAAAGCCAGCAAUAGUUCACAAUGCUGUACUGUGUGUAGCCCAAAAAAAAGCCAAAAGCCACGUCGGUUACAUUAUGCCGUCCCAGCAUGACCCUGGAGAGGCCCAAGAUGAAGGCCCAUAGUACCACCAACACCCUCAACGGAAUGGCUAGCACCAGGUGGUUCAGGAUGAACCGCGACACUAGAGCGGCCCUCGUGGCGUGGCCCGAGGGGAAGGAGUACUUGUCCACAGAAAGGGUGAAAAACAUGUCCAUUUGGUUGUGGGUCGGGCGGCGUCUGCGGACCAGCCCCUUGAUCAGGGCCACCAGGAGCAAGUCCAGAAGCAGAGCGAAGAGCAGGUUCGUUAGAACUUCGCGCCCGGCCCAGCUGUCGCUCCUGGACAGGCAGUACAGGGUGCCCAGCAGCCAGGGGAUGCCGUGUCCCGAGAUCUCCAGUAGUUUCAUAAGGGGCCGCACGCUGCCCCAGGAAGAGCUCUCCCCCGCGCACACCCCCAGCUUCUUGGACAGCCACAGGUCAAUGGCCAGCAGGGAGCGCAGGGCGAUGCCCAGAAAGGACGGGUUCAGGUCCAAGCGAUCCUCCUCGGGCAGUAGGGGCGGGGACGCCUGCGAGGGGUUUGUCCCGGCCAGCGGGAACGAGCCGCGGCGGUGCACGGGGCUCUCGGACGCGCGGAGCCGGGCGCAGGUGGGGUCGGCGCACGGCGUGCGGCUGUUGAGUAGGGACUGGAACUCGAACCUGCUGCUGCUGCCGCCGCCGCCGCCGCCGCCGCCGCCGCCAUGGACAGGGCUACCGGGGCUGCUGGUGCUCGCGGCGCAGGCACCCAGCGGGCGUCCCUCGAUGUUCCUCCGGGGGCUCGACAUUGCCGCGUGCGGCCUGGACCGCAGGACCCGACAGGCCUAAGGGGAGAAUUCUCGGCCUUGCACCCUCUUCCGCUUCCGCGUGGCCAUCCUGGAGGGGCGGGGAGAGGAGCCAGUGAGAGGACGAUUGUGACACCUGGCGGAGACAUUUCUUGCCCAGGGGUGUUCCUUCCUGACAAGCACGAUGUGUUCCUUGGUGUUUACCUCCUGAAUCAGUACCUAGAGACAGACUGUCUUCCUUCUGUAUUCCCUAUUAUGAUUCAGCGGAGCAUGAGGUUUGAAAAGGUAUUUGAAAAUGCAAUAGAUCCUGGAGCUGUAGCAGACAUCUUAGAAAGCUUUCUAACCAGGUUUGAGUUAAUACAGCUAGUGCCUCCAGAAUGGGAAGAGUUGGCCUACUAUGAAGAAAACACACGGGACUUUCUUUUCCCUGAGCCCAGGCUGACACCUUCACACCCUGGGAUGUGUAGAGAGGUACUCAUGAAAACAGUUGCAGGUUUUCCAGGCAUUGCUCCUAAAAUAGAGUUUUCUACGAGGACAGCCAUCAGAGAACGAGUGUUUCUGCAUAGAAACAGAUUUCUUGAAGAAAGAUAUAAGUCACAAAGGCCUUUAUCAACAUCAUCUGGACCAAAAUUCCCUUUAAGUAGUGUAAAGAUGAAGCUCAGGGAGAGUAAUCUCGACAGACUGCCCCAAGGCUUGCAAUCCCGGCCAUCCUCUCCAUAUUCCACCAGGCGUUUCUUUCAGGACCAGCCAGCUCAUCUGAACCUUGGGAAUAAUUUCAAAAUACCCAGAGAAAGCAGACCUCCAUUCGUAGUAAGACACGUGGAUAGUGCAAAGCCCUUUGGUGAGAACAGUUCAGAGCAUCAUUCCCAGAAAUCUAGAAGAAAAUGUAACUUUUCAAACUUUCCAUUUCCAGUGAGAAGAGCUUCUUCUCUUGACAGCCUUGCAGCUAACGUAAAGGUUGUCAAAGAGCCAGAUGAACGAAUUGUUUUAAGGAGUGAAUCACCAUCAUCUUUAGAUUCAAGUAAAUUUGGAAAGCCCUUGCCCAGUUACAGUAACCAAGGGGAUGCCGAUUUCCACUGGGAGACUUCACUUGCCACUUCCCAGCACUCCAGAUCUCCCAGACCUCUUCUGGAUCAGCCCCUUCUCCAAGAAAGGUUCCACCCUGGGUCCCUGUCCACAGGGAAGAAGAUCCAUGAAAGGGUUUGCAGCCUUUUGACAUCGCACAGAGCUCAGCAACACCUGAGCAAGGAAGACUCCAUCUCUGAAGUAAAUUAUAUCCUUGAAAGACCAAGCUACCCUCUGAAGAAAUACCCAGUGCAUGAGCAGAGAUUUUUUUAAGCUGCUGUCCUACGGGAAAUGGAAUGAAAACUGGAGGAGCAUCAUGAACUCACUCAUCGAGUCAACAACAAUUUUUGUUCUGUAUAUCGAAUCACCAGUGUCUGUCUCCCUUUAAAUCAAACCUGUACCCAGUCUUUUGUCCCCAGGUAAGAGUCAGUGAUUAAAGUGUUUGCUGUUUGGGGCUCAUAUUUUCUUGUUAAGCUGGGAAAUUUGUGUUUUAGUUUAUUUGUAUGUUUGUUUGGGGCUUGAAAUAAAAAUAACAAUAGUUGGGUGGCAGGUCCUUUUUCAUUUGGAAAGCAUGUCUUAGAAUUCUGAUGAAAACGUCAAGAAGCCUUUUAAGGUGUUCAGGUGUUUCAGGUGAUUUUUGGCAGUGAGUGUGUUCUUGAAAAGUUCUUUUUUUCCCUCUUUCCUCUUUCUUUCCUCCUUCUCUCUCUCCCUCACCACUCCCCCACCUCUAUUUCCUUCCCUUCCCUUUCUUCUUAACAUUUUCCAUGAACUUGAGGAAGUUGUUAUUUAGAGGAAUAACCUGAGGUAUCUUCUAGAAAAAGACUGUCAUCCUUAUUUUCCAUUUUUGGUAAAUCUGUUUGUGUGUGUGUGUGUGUGUGUGUGUGUGUGUGUGUGUGUGGUUGUUUGUUUGCUUUUUAGCAGUAGGCUUGAUUUACAUGAAAUGCCCUGAAAACCUAGGAAGGGAAUGUUACUUCUGGAGAAUUCAGAUCUUGUUUUAAGGGUUUACAAAUGUCUGUGAUCUGUUUGUAGGAGGAGGCUGACUUCUUUGGACUGUAGUUUAAACUACUCCUUCUGUCACCACCCCUCCUUUCCCUCCAGCACUUCUUAAUACAUUUAUAUGAGGAACAAAACCUUCAAAUAUUUCUCUGAAAGAACUAUGCUAAGUUUGGCAGAUACGGCUGCCAAAAUUACUUAGAAGACCUUUAUGAAAUGCUUACUCAGGUUGAGGAACAAGAAGAAGAUGGGGAUGGGUUGAAGUGGACAUUUGUCUUCAUGGCUAGAGCCCCAGAAAAGAGGGGGCCUGAAAAAGGAAACCUUUGUCUUUCCUUCACAUUAUAAUCUGAGCACUUUCCUCCUACCAUCCCCAAACUCUUCACUUUUCACAAGAUUCACUGAGAAUCAAGUUUUCUCACAGAAGACUGGUUCAUUAGGUGAAUUAGGAAAACUAAAUUAAAAAUUAAAGGAGAAAAAAUUCCAAAAGUAAAAAUAAAACAUUUAUCCCCUUCUCAGAAUUUCAGCCCAAUAAAGGUAUAUAGCACAACAAGCAUUCUACUUUUGAAAAACAGACAAUAUGCUUAAAUGAUACCUGUGUAUAUGUUCUCAGUGUGUUUGCAACUAUAGUUGUCAAUUUGUUAUUUUGAUGUCUAAGUAGUCUUCAAUAAAUGAAAAAUACUGUUAUGGCAUUAAGACUAUGGUACAGGAGUUCCCGUUGUGGCUCAGUGGAAACGAAUCUGACUAGUAUCUAUGAGGACACAGGUUCAAUCCCUGGCCAUGAUCAGUGGGUUAAGGAUCCAGCAUUGCUAUGAGCUGUGGUGUAGGUUGCGGACAAGGCUCAGAUCUGGUGUUGCUGUGGCUGUGGUGUAGGCCGGCGGCUGCAGCUCCAAUUAGACCCCUAGCCUGGGAACCUCAUUAUGCCACCAGUGCAGCCCUAAAAAAAAGACAAAAAAAAAAAAGACUAUGGUACAAUUCUCAGAAAAGGGCCACUUGGGAAGAAGGAUAUGAGCAGCUGAAGGAGGUCAGCUCUGAUGAAUUAGUAUCUUCUGUCAGUUAUUGUUCACAUACACAUUGUGAUACUCACUGUUCAGUGUUUUUAAUAGUUUGAGCAUAACUUCUUAAUUCAGAUUAGGGAUAAGAUCUUAAAUGCUCAUUUUUAUUUAAAAAUUUUUUUUCACUUCACAAAUCAAUCUGUCUUUUGUUCACUUUCUGAUCUGAUAACUCUAUUAUUUAAGUUAUUCUUACUAUACCUUUUUAUUUCUCAAGGAGUUAUUUUGGUUUUGAGGAAUUAUGUUGGGGCCAGAACUGCAGCAGGACUGUGCUUUUGGAGUAUAUAGUAACAUAUAUAAUUUUGUGAUGUAUUGAGUCUCAGAUUACGUUGGGAAGAUCUAUGUCAUUAAACGUUAAUAAAAAUUCCCACCUGUCUCGCUUCAA